GAAGAAAAUAAUUGGGGGAUCGGAAGCGUCGCGGCGACGCUACAGCGCGGGGAGAAAUCUGAUAUGGUUGCGGCAGCUUGCGAAGCAUGGGGAUGGCGGCUGGUGGCUACAGGAAGAGGAUGGCCUCCUUGGCUACAGAAGGCUUGACCCUUUCUUCUUCUUCCUCCUCCGUCUGCCUCAAUUCUUGCUGUUGUUUUACUUGGUCCAAGAAUCCAAUCUGGAAGUCGUCUGCCUUUAAUAUUGUUGAUAUAGAUCGAUAGAUAUUUCCGUAUAGAUAGGUGGGGUGGCGAAGUCGAAUUCAAUGAAUUUGCGUGCGCUGCUGAGGUCAGAGGGAGACAGAUUGGUUGAUGGAUGGAUGGAUGGAGAGGGGCGUUGCCAAGUCCACCAUCACCAAACCCCGAAUUUACUACGACAUUUUCCAUCACCUUUUCAAUGUUCUUGUCAUCACUGCUCGUGUCACCCGUGGGCCGUGGCGAAAAGCAGAAAUUAUUCAGGAUUUGGGAUUUGAGAUUUAAGAGUUUGCGUUGUGGCAGCUGGUAGGAAACUGGAAGAGGUCAAUCGAUUCAGUUCGAUGUUUGUCCUUUUCUACAACAAUCCUCCAUUGGUGUGGCGGAUCGAUUGAUUCUUUCUUUCUGCUGCCUCCUACCAGCUGGGACUGGAUUAUGCUAUCAAAGGGAAACUACAUCGGUGAAUUCUCAAUAUCCUGCCAAACUGAGCAAAUUUUCUGUGUAGUAGCAUCAUGCGGCAGUCUCGACUCUUCUAUCUUUGCUCCAUUAUCUUCAUGUUCUACUUGGUGCAAAGAACAGAAGCACAGAUCACUGCACCUUGGGAAGUUGAUGCUCUGAAAGCUAUCAAAGGCAAUCUGAUAGAUCCGCAAGGACGUCUAAACAACUGGAACCGUGGAGAUCCGUGCAUGGGAAAUUGGUCUUAUGUUCACUGUUACAAUGAAACAGCAAGUGAUGGAUAUCUCCAUGUAUUAGAAUUGCAACUUCUAAAAUUGAAUUUAUCUGGAUCUUUAGCUGCUGAGCUUGGUCGGCUAUCUCACAUGCAAAUAAUGGAUUUUAUGUGGAAUAACAUCAGUGGCAGCAUACCUAAGGAGGUUGGCAACAUCACUUCUCUGAAAUUACUGCUCUUAAAUGGAAACCAGCUUACUGGUUCUCUACCAGAGGAGAUUGGUUUCCUUCCUAAUCUGGAUAGGAUUCAGAUCGACCAGAACUACAUAUCUGGACCCAUACCUAAAUCAUUUGCUAAUCUGAACAAAACAAAGCACUUUCAUAUGAACAACAAUUCAUUAAGUGGUCAAAUUCCACCUGAACUAUCCAGAUUACCUUCACUUGUUCACUUAUUGUUGGAUAACAAUAACUUGUCGGGCUAUCUUCCUCCAGAGUUAUCGAAGUUACCAAAACUACUUAUCAUCCAGCUUGACAACAAUAAUUUCUCAGGAACCUCAAUUCCUUCAUCUUAUGGCAAUAUCACCACACUUCUGAAACUGAGUUUGAGGAACUGCAGCUUGGAAGGACCUGUUCCUGAUGUCAGUGGAAUACCCCAACUUGGCUAUCUGGAUCUUAGUUGGAAUCAGUUAAGGGGUUCAAUACCAUCUGGCCGACCAGCAAGCAACAUAACCACAAUAGAUCUUUCCCACAAUCUUCUAAAUGGAUCAAUUCCUGGAAGUUUCUCUGGCCUUCCCAAUCUACAAAGACUGUCAUUGGACAAUAACAAUUUGGAUGGUUCUGUUCCAUCAGAUGUCUGGCGGAAUAUUGAUUUCAGUGGAAAUAGAAGUCUUAUAUUGGAUUUCCAGAACAAUUCUCUAACCAAUCUAUCAAAUCCUCUUUCACCACCUGCCAAUGUUACCAUCCUGUUAUCUGGAAACCCCAUCUGCACAUCUCCAAAUCAACUGAACAUUACUCAGUACUGUCAAUCAGUGCCAGUUAUUGUGCCUGACGGUUCUGCAAGUAAUGCCACAGUUUGUCCGCCAUGCUCUACUGACCUUCCGUUUGAAAACAUACUGAUGUCACCAAUACGAUGUAUAUGUGCUAUUCCACUUUAUGUUGAUUACCGGCUAAAGAGUCCUGGAUUUUGGGAUUUUGUUCCAUAUGAAGGACAGUUUCAACAGUACUUGUCAUCUGGACUUUCAUUGUCUUCUUACCAAUUAGAAGUUUCUCAAUUUAUGUGGGAAGAAGGCCCACGGGUGAAGAUGAAUCUGAAACUGUUUCCAAAUAACACUGCUUAUUUUAAUAAGAGCGAGGUGUUAAGACUGAGAGGAAUGUUCACAGGCUGGCUGAUUCCAGACUCUGAUAUAUUCGGGCCCUAUGAGCUCCUCAACUUCAAUCCAGGGUGGUAUAACAAUUUAUUUCCAGAUCGUGCAAAGUCCAGCCUAAGUACAGGUGCCAUUGUUGGUAUUGUCGUGGCAGCGUUUGCUGCAGCAGCAUUUCUUUCAUCCCUCAUUACUCUCAUUAUACUGAGAAGACGUUCAAGAUAUUCUUCAAAAAGACGCUCUGCAAAAAGAAUUCCAAUGAAGAUUGAUGGUGUAAAAGACUUCAGUUUUCAAGAACUGUCACAUGGUACAAACGACUUUAGUGACUCAGCACUAAUUGGUCAAGGAGGGUAUGGGAAAGUGUACAGAGGUAUUCUCUCUGAUGGAACAAUAGUAGCAAUAAAACGUGCGCAGCAGGGAUCUCUUCAGGGUUCGAAGGAGUUCUUCACAGAGAUAGAAUUGCUGUCCAGGCUGCAUCACCGGAACCUUGUUUCAUUGCUUGGUUAUUGUGAUGAAGAAGAUGAGCAGAUGCUGGUAUAUGAGUUUAUGCCUAAUGGUACUCUACGUGAUCAUCUUUCAGCAGCUCGAUCAAAAGAGCCCCUAAAUUUUCCCACGAGGUUACGAAUUGCGCUGGGGUCGUCGCGAGGCAUCCUCUAUUUACACACAGAAGCAGACCCUCCAAUAUUUCACCGUGACAUCAAAGCAAGCAAUAUUUUACUGGACUCAAAGUUUGUCGCAAAAGUUGCUGAUUUUGGUCUCUCUCGGCUUGCCCCAGAGCCAGAAUCAGAGGGGAUUGCUCCUGGUCAUGUGUCAACUGUUAUAAAGGGUACCCCGGGUUAUCUUGAUCCGGAGUAUUUCCUUACUCAUAAGCUGACAGACAAAAGUGACGUGUACAGCCUUGGUGUUGUUUUUCUGGAACUGCUGACAGGGAUGCAACCUAUUUCUCAUGGAAGAAAUAUAGUUAGAGAGGUUGUUGCGGCCAAUCAGAGUGGGAUGAUAUUGUCAGUGGUUGACAGCCGGAUGGGAUCGUACCCAGCAGAAUGCGUGGAGAAGUUUGCUGCACUGGCACUGAGAUGCUGCCGAGACGAGACGGACGCAAGGCCGUCCAUAGUGGAGGUGAUGAGGGAGCUGGAGAAGAUAUGGCAAAUGACACCGGACACCGGGAGCAUGUCCUCACUAUCCUUGGAACCUAGCAACACAGCCACCCCAUCGUCGGGAUCCAGGAUGAUGGUUUCAUCGUCAUCUGGGGUUGGAAAUGAUGAUCACCAUCACUACAACAUGUCAUCAUCCGAUGUCUCCGGCAGUAACCUCCUCAGCGGUGUUGUACCUAGCAUCAAUCCUCGCUGAACAUUAUUUGUUAUAUACUCCAUAGUGUAAGACACGCAUGUAUUUAAAGAUUUAACUUUAAAAACAUCUGACUAACAAGUAGUGUAAUGUAAAUCGAAUUUUAUUUGCUGAAAAUAAUAUCAUUGGAUUGGUAUUUCAAUAUA